GUGUUCUAGGAAGGUCGCGCUCAGUAAAAGGAAUGGAGAGGGUUGUGGGAGUAGUUUUCAGGAGACUGGGUUCGAGUUCCAGAGUGUUUCGCAGGGGUCAAGGUGAACAAUUACAAAGCUUACCAGUGAACAUCACAACUGUCAGAUGGUGCAGCGCUAGUAUCGUGGUAGACAAUGAGGAGAAAGCUAUGCUUGAUCGUAUCAUUAGAGUAGAUCAUGCUGGUGAAUAUGGGGCAAAUCGUAUUUAUGCUGGACAGAUGGCUGUAUUGGGCAGAUCUACAGCGGGGCCGAUCAUACAGCACAUGUGGAAUCAAGAAAAAGAGCACCUGAAAAAGUUGAACGAGUUAAUGGUUUCAAAUAGAGUUCGGCCUACUAUACUAAUGCCGCUUUGGAAUGUGGCUGGGUUUGCAUUGGGUGCUGGGACUGCACUUCUUGGUAAGAGAGGGGCUAUGGCUUGUACUGUUGCAGUAGAAGCAUCUAUAUCUGAACAUUAUAACAGUCAGAUCAGAACUCUAAUGGAAAGUGACCCAGAAAAACACCAAGCCCUACUUCAGACAAUAAAGAAGUUUCGGGAUGAGGAGCUGGAGCAUCAUGAUACUGGUUUAGAACAUGACGCAGAGCAGGCUCCAGGCUACUUUCUGCUGAAGAAUGCCAUACAACUGGGUUGUCGGGCAGCAAUAUUUUUAUCUGAGCGUGUUUGAAAAUGCCAUUUAUUUGAGGACUUUGUUAAAUGAACGUGAGCUUGAGUUAGUCUUGUCUUUU